AUGGCGUCGAUAGUGAAUCAACGAUUGUUAUUACAGCAACGUCGCCGGACGGGGCAAUCGGUAUGCGAGAUUUGUCGGAGUUUCUCCAGCGGCGCCCCGUUGUUCGCCGGUCACAAUCGAUGGUCACAGAUCAAGCAUGACAAGGCGAAGAAUGACAAGGCAAAAAGCAGAGAGCGUCAAACAAUCGCAAAGGAAAUUAGCAGUGCUACGCAGAUGUGGGGUGCUGAUCCCAAGUUCAACCCCAGACUAACUCUUGCCCUCUCUAAUGCGAAACGCGCCGGGAUACCGAAGACUGUGAUUGAAGCUGCUAUUGCCAGAGGCCAGGGAAUAAGUGUAACCGGCGAGGCCCUUGAGUCGGUAACGAUUGAAGCCAUUCUACCCCAUUCUGUUGCGGCGGUUAUCGAGUGCCAGACCGAUCAAAAAGCUCGCGUAUUACAAGACCUCCGGUAUGCUAUUAAGGAUACCGGCGGUACUGUUACUCCGACGACAUAUCUUUUCGAGAAGAAGGGCAGGAUCAUAUUUGAGAAGAGGGACAGCGUGAAUACGGAUGAUUAUUUAGACCAGGUCAUCGAGGCAGGAGCGAUUGAUGUAGCGACGGAUGAUGAAGGCCGACUUAUGGUCUUUACAGAACCAACAGAAACGAAGAGCGUGGGCGAAGCGCUCACAAAAGUGACCGGACUCGCCAUCAAGGAACUUGACAUAAUCUGGGAUCCGAACAAGGAAACUAUGGUGGAGUUGGAGGACGAGCAAGUCAAGGAAAUUGAGGACAUCCUGAGUACUCUUCGAGAGGAUUCUAGUGUUCAAGAUAUUUACCUGAACACAUCUACGCAAUUUUGA